GAAGGCGACAGGAUGGGCGCGAACAAUGGCAAACAGUAUGGCAGUGAGGGCAAAGGCAGCUCAAGCAUCUCAUCCGACGUGAGUUCAAGUACGGAUCACACGCCAACCAAAGCCCAGAAGAAUGUGGCUACCAGCGAAGAUUCUGACUUGAGCAUGCGUACAUUGAGCACGCCCAGCCCAGCCUUGAUAUGUCCACCGACUUUGCCAGGAUUUCAGAAUGGAAGGGGCUCCUCCACUUCUUCAUCCUCCAUCACCGGGGAGACAGUGGCAAUGGUUCACUCCCCACCUCCCACCCGCCUCACUCACCCACUCAUCCGACUGGCCUCCAGACCCCAGAAAGAGCAAGCCAGCAUAGACCGCCUCCCAGACCAUUCCAUGGUGCAGAUCUUCUCCUUCCUGCCCACCAACCAGCUGUGCCGCUGUGCACGUGUGUGCCGCCGCUGGUACAACCUGGCCUGGGACCCGCGCCUCUGGAGGACUAUCCGACUCACGGGCGAGACCAUCAAUGUGGACCGUGCCCUGAAAGUGCUGACCCGUAGGCUUUGCCAGGACACACCCAAUGUGUGUCUCAUGCUAGAGACUGUCAUUGUUAGUGGCUGCCGGAGGCUCACAGACCGAGGGCUCUACACCAUUGCACAGUGCUGCCCAGAACUGAGGCGCCUGGAAGUCUCAGGAUGUUACAAUAUCUCCAAUGAAGCCGUCUUUGAUGUGGUGUCCCUCUGCCCCAACCUGGAACAUCUGGAUGUGUCAGGGUGCUCCAAAGUUACUUGCAUCAGCUUGACCCGGGAGGCCUCCAUUAAACUGUCCCCCUUGCAUGGCAAACAGAUUUCCAUCCGAUACCUUGAUAUGACGGACUGCUUCGUGCUGGAGGACGAAGGCUUGCACACCAUCGCAGCUCACUGCACGCAGCUCACACACCUCUAUCUGCGCCGUUGUGUCCGCCUCACUGAUGAGGGCCUCCGCUACCUGGUGAUCUACUGCACAUCCAUCAAGGAGCUCAGUGUCAGUGACUGCCGCUUUGUCAGCGACUUUGGCCUGCGGGAGAUUGCUAAACUGGAGUCCCGCUUGCGGUACCUCAGCAUCGCCCACUGUGGCCGCAUCACGGAUGUGGGCAUUCGUUAUGUGGCUAAGUACUGCAGCAAAUUACGCUACCUCAAUGCGAGGGGCUGCGAGGGCAUCACGGACCAUGGCGUGGAGUACCUUGCCAAGAACUGCACAAAACUUAAGUCUCUGGACAUUGGCAAAUGUCCUUUGGUCUCCGACACAGGCCUGGAAUCCCUGGCUUUGAACUGUUUCAAUCUCAAGAGAUUAAGCCUCAAAUCCUGCGAGAGCAUCACCGGCCAGGGCCUGCAGAUCGUGGCUGCCAACUGCUUUGACCUGCAGAUGCUGAACGUCCAGGACUGUGAGGUUUCAGUGGAGGCCCUGCGGUUUGUGAAGCGCCACUGCAAGCGCUGUGUCAUUGAGCAUACCAACCCUGCUUUCUUCUGAAGGGACAGCUCCCAUUAGGCAUGUUUUCACAGCAACAUGAACCAAACAAUGUUUUGUAAAAGUGGCCCGUGUAAGCACCCACACCCAGUCAUAGCCCCUAUUUCUUCGGGGAACGGUCUUUGGAGUCUGGCUUUUAGUUUUAUUUCUCAUGAGCAAAUGAUGUCAAAGAAAUGAAGGAGGAAAACCAAAUUUCUAGCACAGUAGACAGGUUCUGGUCAGUUCAUUUGUAGACACACACUCUCACAAAGGGUGAACCUCAGCAGGCUGGUCACUGUGUCUUCGGAAAUGCACCUUACCCUAUCUUCCUCCCCCUGCUCAUCCACAAGCCAUGCCCCUCCACACCCUCAUCUUCCAACCCUGCAACACCUGCAGCAUUAAGAGUCAGAAUAAGGCCUCUAAAGCUGCUGUUAAACUACUUGGUGGACACAAGCCCCACUCCUAAAUCCCACAGCAAGCAAAUUGGAGUUAAAGUCAUGUUAACGCUUAAUGUGUGCAGGGAGCUUCCCGAUACUAAAGAAUCAUGGAAAAUUACACGGAGUAAAAAGAGACAUGUUUUCUAUACUAGUUCUGCCACUAACUAGCUAUGUGAUCUUGACCAAAACACUUCACCUGUCUGGGCUUCAGCUUCCCACCACCAGAGGCUAGAGGUGGGGAUGACCCUCAUGCCCGUUCUAGAACUGAGAGAAUAGUGAUGCCCAUAAGCAGAGUUUUGUAUAAAGCACACAGGCAGCACUUCUGAGAGAAGUGGUUGUGUGGACGAGCUGUGCUUUGGAGAGGUUCUGUGGGGUCACCCUCAGAGCACAUAGAGUCCGGGAUGAUGUCCUUUUGCUGUCCUCUAAGAACCAACACAACUCUGUUUGGUGGACUAGGCUUGUGCACAUACAUGUGCUGUCGCAUUCUCUCACCCACCCACCCCCACCACAUCCAGCUCAGGCAGGAGAACGCACCAUGACAUGACAUCUCCCUGUCAGCUUCCAUCUGCUGAGCAUUUUCAAAUCCAAGUAGAGACCCUGAUAUUUUUUAAUUAACAAGUGAGGUCCAAGGGAACCCACAUUCUUAAGGGUUUUUCUAACCCUUCUCGGUGCACAUAUGCUAUGCCUCAGACACAUCUGUCCUGCAGCCGGUGGGGACAGAUGCCUUAGUCCUUUGUCAUUCACAUUUCAUUUUGACUUCUCUCAUCUAUUUAUUUCUCCAUCACAUGAAGCCGACUGGGGUUAAGUUUAUAAGUGUCUAAUUGUACAGACGCCUCCUUGCCUGCUGUCUGCCUGCUUUCCGCUAAAGAAUGUAAAACAGACCUCCAGGUGUUUCAAUAUUGCUCACUCAGAAGUGCUAGUCACACAGAAGAGGGAACACACUGAUAAGACAGAUGCUGGUCCACCCACCAAGGUAUUGGGACUGAAUAUUAAAAUCAUUUCAAAAUUUGAAUUUUAAGUUGACGGACCUUUAAAUGGCCCCUUCUGGAUGGAUACAAAGCAGUUUACUAGUUUCAUCUUUAAAGAGUCAGAUAGCCAUAUAAAAUCCUGCUACUUGUUUUCAUGAAUUCCAGUUGACUUUUGUUACUAAACCUAGGACUUUCCCCAAUUUAUUCUCUGGCUGCAUUACUUCCCUACCACUGUUGAAACAGUUCGGCCAUCUUCUUCUCAGAGUGUCUAUCCUCCAGUCCCAGGGCCUCUGCUUCUCCAAGCCAAGCAUGCUACAUUUGUUACAGACCAAGCUUAUACACCGCUCGACAACUGCACUCCCACUGUAGGCUCCGGCGUGUACUAUUGUCUUGUGUUGGGAAGGAGAUGUUAAGUGAUAAAGCUGGCAACCCUUCAGGAGGUUACUGUCAUUCAUCCUGUGAAUCCCAGCUUUUGCUCAGUUCAUACCUUCCUCAGUAUGGACAGGUGAAUGAGAAUAUGUCACAAAGGAAAGUAAAAGUUUGGCUGGGGACAGGACCUAGUGACAGCCACAGAGUUUAGAGCCGUAAAAGAAAUUGAACGUAGCACCCCUCUGCUCUCUGACUUGUAGCUCCACCUAAUGUUUGUGGAUUGGAGAGUCACAAUGGGUUGUCUGUAAACCUUGAUACUGGAGCAUCCCUAAGGAGUUGGUUUACUGCUCCCCAGAAUGAGCAGGGGAAUCCAAAGUGGUUCCCUAAGCCAUUUUUAGUAACUCUAUCACCACUGACUUUCAUGUGAGACCCAGUGGACAUUUCACACUUGCUGGCUGCCCAGCACAUGUGUCCUCCUUGGUUUCUCCCUUUCCCGUCCUCUUUACCCUUUCUGCUCUCCAUCAGGAUAGGGGUAUGAAUCUGUGACAGAGGUCACUAGGAACACAGUUCAGUAGGUUUUUGAGGCCAAGCAAAAUGUCUCAUCAAGAAAUGUAUCUGUUUUAAAACAUGACUUCCUUCCUGGCUCUGCUAAAUUGAAUACUCAUUUGUUGUUGUUGUUGUUUGUUUGUUUGUUUCUCUUUAACUCUAAAGUUCAAAUCACUGCGUGCUGUAUGAUUCUAGAAAGCCUUAAUUUACUUCCACCAAGAAAUAAAGCAAUAUGUUGGCAUCAGACUCAGUUCCAUUUUUAAUAAUCUUGCCUGAGAUGGGUGUUGUUUGGAUAGGGACACUGGAAAACAAGCAAGCAAUAAAUAAAUAAAUAAAUAAAUAAAUAAAUAAAUAAAUCCUGUUGAAGUCAGAACAAGCAGCUUAUUGCUGCUAUUGUCCCUUUAAAGUUAGACCCAAGGUUCUGUUGUCCUCAUGGACCUUAGGAUUUUGGAUUCAGUUUGGCAGGUAAAUGAAUAAAACAUUACAGGAUGACCCAGGACUUGUUUCCUCGUCCAAACUCUUCCCACAAGAUUGUUGAAUUCAUAACUUUGCAUUUUAAAAGAAAUUAUAUUUGAUGAAUUUUAUAAUACCACAGAGAAUCUGGGACGGUGUCCUUAAUUAAAUAUAUUAGCAUUCUGUACCAAUGAAUAUAGUGCAAUGUAAUUAGUAUUAUUGAACAUGAUAGAUAGCCUUGUAUUAAUACAGAUUAGGUAUUAACAUGUCCAUUUCUAUGAUAAAUAUUUAAAAUACUUCAUUUUUUUUAGAAAUGUAUGGAUUUCAGAAUUAUGGAUGAAUAAUCAUGGAUUUGAAUUCACCCUGACUCUAAUUACAGAUAGUUGAGAAUACUUCAAUGGUUUGUCAUCCAUUAGUGUCUCAGAGUAUUAAAAUAUGGGAGAAGUUAUACAAACCUGAUGGAGAAGAAAAUAAUAUCAGUCAGUUAGGAGAAGUAAAAUGUCAAAUUGUUCCCUCUUUGCCUGAACCUUUAGAAUUUAAUUAAUAUGAGGAAAGGAAGCAAUUGGAGAGAUUCACCCCUAGCAUCUAGAGAGACUUUAAGAGGACAGCAACUUAUCAGUUGUAAAUGUAUUUACUGUCUCACAACUUUUCAACCCGUAUUGCUGUUAUCGCUGUCUCUUAACCAGACAGAACUGUUAAUUGCCUUAGAGCAUGAAUUUCAGGUAGCUCAAUUCUUGUCAGGAUCUAAGAGUAAGGCUAGUAGUGAGUAAACACCAUUCAUUGACUUCUUAAAGUUUCAGCAUUUGUUCACAAUUAGACAAUGCCUUCCAGAUACUUGACUUUCAAGAAUACUUGAAUUCAAUUUCAACUUAAAAGGUUCAGUAGCUUAAGAGAAAAAGUAGGACAAUGGCACUGUCCUAACAUGUCCACCUUAUAAAAGAGAAACUACCAAAUGUCUCAAUACCUGGCUAUUAUGAUCACUCCAGAUAAUUUUUGUAAAUUUAAUUAUAUACUAGAUGGAGAAGAAAUACUGAAAAGUUAGAUAGAUAUUGCGAUAAAAAUAUACUACAAAUCCAUUUGGAUGCUGUUAGUCCAUUGCAUUUUGAGGUUUGAUAUAUGUAUUUAGGAAAUUGUUUUUCCAUAUGAAGAAAUAGCAUUAGCAGUGAGCAUGCAUCACUUGUUUACAGUAUAUGCUGGUGUUAUCACUAAGUCUUGCCUAAACACAGCCCAGUUUCCCUAAAGAGCAACUUGGGCUCAUUUCACUAAGAUAACCACUAGAAUAACCUGGGUACAUGCAGUCCCUUUUUCUUUUCCAGUGCAAAAUCAUUUCUUAGGCCAUGAGUUCCUCUCGUGGUGCUCUGUUUCCCAUGCCCAGUUAGCAGAUCAGGUUGCAGUCUAACAACACCUGGACCCAGAAUUUAUACAGGAUAGAGACCUGCCUUUUCACAAAGCAGAUGUGCAGUCUGCCUCAAAAGCUCAGCAGAUAUCCAUGUCUCAGAGGCCAAUCUUAUUGACUAUUCAAAAAACCCACCUUUCUGCUUUGAAUGUUCAAGGAUUUAGCAGUGCAAGCCA